AGCGCAGAGAUUUGCCUCGCCCCUGCUGUCCGUGCGCUGGAGGGGGGAGUGCUGGACUGUGUGCCGGAUUCCCCUGUUUUUAACCACCCUGAGUCACAGGGGUGUUGCCCUGCCCAGGCCCAGGACUAAAGCAGCCUGCAGCCCAAACUCUUCAGCCUCCGUACAGCGUGGCUACGCUCAGCAGCUCCCGGCCACUCUAAAGCAGUCAGGCAGCAGUAGACAGCAUGGUGUCCCACCCUGAGUUUGAGCGGGCAGGCAAGGAGCCUGGCCUGCAGGUGUGGAGGAUUGAGAAGUUUGACCUGGUGGCUGUGCCAGAGAACCUUUAUGGAGGUUUUUAUACGGGUGAUGCCUACGUGGUCCUCAACACCAUCAAACAGCGUUCCGGUAACCUCCAGUACGAUCUCCACUUCUGGCUAGGUGACUACUGCACGCAGGAUGAGAGUGGAGCAGCUGCCAUAUUUACAGUACAACUGGACGACUACCUGGGUGGAAAACCCAUCCAGUACCGGGAAGUCCAAGGCUUUGAGUCUAAAACUUUCCUGGGCUACUUUAAGAAAGGUCUGCAAUACAUGAAAGGAGGAGUCGCCUCAGGAUUCAGGCAUGUUGUCACCAAUGAGGUAGAGAUGCAACGUGUGCUCCAGGUCAAGGGUCGCCGUGUUGUCAGGGCAACAGAAGUACCCGUGAGCUGGGACAGCUUCAAUAAUGGAGACUGCUUUAUCCUGGACCUGGGUAAUGAGAUCUACCAGUGGUGUGGAUCCAAGAGCAAUCGAUUUGAGAAGCUGAAGGCCACUCAGCUCGCCAAGGCCAUCCGUGAUAACGAGCGCAGUGGGCGAGCUCGGGUGUGCGUAUGUGAUGAGGGAGUUGAGCGAGAAAAGAUACUUGAGGUUCUAGGAGAAAAGCCAGACCUGCCUGAAGGAGCUGAUGAUGACAUUAAAGCAGAUGCUUCAAACAGGAAACUGGCUAAACUGUACAAGCUUUCAGACGCAAGCGGGACCAUGACUAUGGCCUUGGUUGCUGAUGAGAACCCUUUCUCUCAGAGUGCUUUAGAGUCCACUGAUUGCUUCAUUUUGGACCACGGCUCCGAUGGCAAGAUCUUUGUGUGGAAAGGAAAGGAUGCCAACGUUGACGAACGCAAGGCAGCCAUGAAGGCAGCAGAUGAGUUUAUUAAGAAGAUGGGCUACCCCAAACACACUCAAGUGCAGAUCCUCCCUGAGAUGGGUGAGACACCAUUGUUCAAACAGUUCUUCAAGAACUGGCGCGAUGUGGACCAGACAGACGGCAUGGGUGUGGCAUACGUUUCCAACCACAUCGCCAAGAUCGAGAAGGUGCCAUUUGAUGCUUCCACUCUGCACGACUCGCCUGCCAUGGCAGCACAGCACGGCAUGAUCGACAAUGGUAGUGGAGAGAAACAGAUCUGGCGUAUUGAAAGUGGAGACAAAGUUCCUGUUGAUCCCUCUACAUACGGUCAGUUCUAUGGUGGAGACAGUUACAUCAUCCUGUACAACUACCGACAUGGAGGUAGACAAGGACACAUCAUCUACAUUUGGCAAGGUCUGGAUUCCACUCAGGAUGAAACUGGAGCAUCUGCAAUCUUGGCUGCACAGCUGGAUGAUGAGCUGGGAGGAGGACCUGUGCAGGUGGCUGGUGCUCCUAUCACUACUCAGGUGCGUGUGGUCCAGGGUAAGGAGCCAGCUCACCUGAUGAGUCUGUUUGGUGGGAAGCCCUUGGUGGUGUAUAAGGGAGGCACGUCCAGAGAGGGAGGCCAGACAGCGUUUGCACCAACACGCCUCUUCCAAGUGCGCUCCAACUCAGCCGGCUGCACCCGGGCUGUCGAGGUUGAUGCUGUGGCCUCUAAUCUGAACUCCAAUGAUGCCUUCAUCUUGGUGACCCCAGCGGGCUCCUUCCUGUGGGUGGGUGUAGGGGCCAGUGACCCAGAGAAACGGGGGGCGCAGGAGCUGUGUAACAUCCUUGGGGUUUCUGCUUCUGAGAUUGGAGAGGGAGCGGAGAGUGAUGAUUUCUGGGCAGCUCUUGGAGGAAAGGCAGCGUAUCGCACCUCCACCAGGCUGAAGGAUAAGAUGGACACUCACCCACCCAGACUCUUUGCCUGCUCAAACAAAACCGGACGCUUCAUUAUUGAGGAGGUACCUGGGGAGAUGACGCAAGAGGAUCUGGCCACAGAUGAUGUCAUGAUCCUGGACACCUGGGACCAGGUGUUUGUGUGGAUCGGUAAUGAGGCACAAGAGGAGGAGAAAACAGAGGCAAUGGCUUCAGCUGCCCGCUAUAUCGAGACUGACCCAGCCAAACGUGACCCACGCACACCCAUCGUGAAGAUUAAGCAGUGCUCAGAACCACCCACUUUCACCGGCUGGUUCCUGGGCUGGGACCACGACUACUGGAGCAGCGAUCCUCUGGAGCGGGCCAUGGCCGAGCUCGAGCUGUGAACCUUUGCUUUUGACCUUCUUUAACCCCACUGCCUUAGUAAUAAUAAUAGAAGUUGCUCUUUUCCAUUUGAAUAGGUGUAGCUACUGAAAGACCAAUGUAAAAUGGCAACUUCUACCCAGAUAGCCUUACUGCCCCAGUCUGUAGUCACCAAAACAUGUAAAGCAAUGCGAAUUACUUGCACUUUUGUUACAGCAAUAUUUAAGUGGUAGAUACUUGCUUUUUGGUAAAAUUUUAUUUAUGUUUUUGUGGCAAACAUGUAAAAGGGGUUUAGGCUUAAGAUUGGCAUCCCCAGUCAACAAUCAUGAAAACAGGAUUAGCUAUGAAUCUUAGGCUGAAGCAUAGAAGCAUAUGUUUUUGCGAGACUGUUAUUGUUAAGCAGACAGUAGUUGUCCCAAAUAACUGUUGUUGCUGUACUGAAAACCUCCUGGCGAUUCAUAAGUGGGCCUUAGAGCAGACUGAAAUAGAGCAGCCUGCAUGCUUCCAUGUAGUUAGUUUGUCUUUUUUGUGUCUGAACUGAAUUUUUUAAAUGACCAAGAUUUAAGGGCUUUUAACGGCAACUAGUUUCACCAAUGGAAUUUAGCAACGUAUUUGCGCUUGUCAGUUCAUUUAAUGUUAAUUUUUAUAACUCAAAUGAAGCCAUUUCUUAUAUUAUAAUGCCUCAAUAGCAAUUCUCAAUACAACUCAUUGGCCACCAUUACUCAGCAUGUACUUCUGUGUUCUCCACCAUUUGCCUCAUCCUGCUGAAUUAAAAUGGACUUCUCCUCAAA